UGCGCUCAGCUUAGACGGCGUUGCCGAAGCCCCGCCGGUAUCCUGCCUCAGAAUGACGCUCUUUGAUGGCAUCUAUCCCUUUUACCCUCAACCCAGGAAGCCCUUUGUCUUUGAUGUGGAUACAAUCAUUGUCAUUAUUGUCUUCCUUGUAAUUGCCUUCAGCUUCCUGCUCAUCCUUCCUGGAAUUCGGGGCAGAGCGAGGCUGUACUGGCUUUUCCGGGUCAUCGCAAGCCUUUUUAUCGGAGGGGUCAUCGUUGCUGUCCACUUCACCUCUGACUGGGAGAGGGCACAGGGAACAGCGAUCACCACGUACAAGUCUUUCAGCCCAGCUAAGGUCCAUGCAGAGAUCGGGCUGCAUGUCGGUCUGGCAGGACUCAACGUCACUCUAGUUGGAAGCCCCGUGGAACAGCUCAAUGAAACCAUCAACUACAACGAGCAUUUCUCCUGGUGGUUUGGGGCAAACUACGACCACGACUUCGACGAAGGCUUGGAGCACGGCCUGCCCAGCCCCAUCCUCUACGUGGCAGAGAAGUUCACCGGGGACAGCCCCUGCGGCCUCCAUCACCUCUACAGAAUGGCAGGGCACUAUGCGUCGGCCACCCUGUGGGUUGCCUUCUGCGCCUGGUUGGUCUCCAACAUGCUCUUCUCCAUGCCGGUCCCCGUCUAUGGUGGCUACAUGAGCCUCGUCACGGGCUGCUUCCUCAUCUUUGCUCUGCUCUCUUUCUCCACCGGGAGGAGCGCCUCCUGCGUCAUCCAGUUUGGCCCCACCUCCUUGCAGCUCGCCUACGGGGCAUCCUUCUGGCUGACGCUUGCCACAGGGCUGCUCUGCUUCCUGAUCGGAGCCGUGGUGAUAACGCUUCACUAUACCUUCCCCGACCUCCUAAAAGCCUUCUUUGACCUGUGCGAGGAUGAAGAGGAGGAAGAGGGGAUGCUGGGAGAAGUGUACAUUAACCCCCACUAUGCUCGAACGAAGCCAGCUCCUUCGCCAGCCAAUUUGAGGCUGACCAUCAUGGACAGCUAGAGCGAAGCUUGUGGUGGGACCUUCUGGACCUGUUUUUCCAACGGGGACAUUGAUUGUGAUCUGCCCUGGCGUAGCCAGUAGAGAAGAAUGACUCUAUCCUAUGCACUGAUCCUGAAAAGGGGCAGCUGGAAGCUGGGCUUCUCUCGCUGCCCACAGCCUACGGCAGCUGCAGUUCAGCAGCCUUGUUUUUAUUAAGUCUGGAGAACGAUCGGAAAGCACUUUGCUUGUUUUGUUUGGGGGAAGUAAUGCCUCCAACCAGUGGAGGCUGGUAGGGUGGGAAGCAGGGAAGUCUGCAGUAGAGCCAAAGCGAAUGUUAGGCAAAGCCAGCUGCUUCCCUGCUGAGUCCCAAAGACAACCCUGAGGCCGGGAGCCGGUGGCUGCUCCUUGAGGUGGAUGGGCAGGGGGA